UGGAACUACACCACGUUAUCUCUCCAUAUCACAGCUCUCUGUCUGCCUCUCUCUGGUCAUGAGUGUCCGUAGGUCCUCCGGGUCUGGCUCCAGCAGCUGGUCAUUGGGCUCAUCUCCAUAUCUCGGAGCACAAAUACCCCGUCAGGGUAACUCUUAUUUUGGCUUUGCUAACAUGUCAGCGGUCGGGGUCCCCAUCAAAGCUGUGUCCGUUAACAGGAGUCUUCUCACCCCGAUGGAUCUUCAGCUGGACCCAACAAUACAGUCUGUGAGAAUCCAUGAGAAAGAACAGAUCAAAUCUCUCAACAACCGCUUUGCCUCUUUUAUCGACAGGGUGUGUAAACUGGAGCAAGAGAACAAGAUGCUGGAGACUAAAUGGCAGCUGCUACAGAGCAGGUCUAAGCCUGAUUCUAAACUGGAACACAUGCUGAAGUCAUACAUCAGUACCUUAAGGGCACAGCUGGACCGUGUGAACAAAGACAAAGAACACCUGGAUGUAGACCUCAAGAAUGUUCACGUGCAGGUGGUGGAACAAAAGCAAAGGUAUGAAGAUGAGAUCAACAAUCGGAACAGAGCCGAAAGCGAGUUUGUUCUUCUGAAGAAGGAGGUUGACUCAACUUACUUGUAUAAAGUUGCCCUUGCAGAUAAAAUUGCGGGAAUCUCAGAGGAACUGAACUUUCUAAAGAGCUUCAAUGAGGAGGAGCUGCGUGAACUUCAGGAUGAGAUACAGGAAACAUCUGUCGUGGUGCAGAUGGACAACCGCAGAUAUCUCAACAUGGAGAAGAUCAUUGCUGAUGUGAGGAGCCAGUAUGAAGAAAUAUCAGCGUGCAGCCGUCAAGAAGCUGAGAGCUGGUAUAAGAACAAGUUUGAACUGAUCGCCUCACAAGCCGACCAGAACAACAGUGAACUGAGAAACAAUAAAAGCACAAUCGCUGACUUGAGAAGACACAUCACGCAACUGCAAAGUGAGAUAAACUCGGUUACAUCACAGCGUGGCAGCGUUGAGGGCCAAAUCAAAGAGGUGGAGCGCAGCGUUGAGGAGGCGGUGUUUGAUGCUAAACAGCGAAUCAAAAGCCUGGAGGAUGCGCUGCAGAACGCCAAACACGAUAUGGCCAAACAGAUUCGCAGCUACCAGGAUCUGAUGAAUGUCAAAGUGGCUCUGGAUAUAGAGAUCGCCACAUACAAGAAACUACUGGAGGGAGAAGAGAACAGGUUGGAAUCCAGUAUAAACAUACGUCCAGUCCAUAAACGCUCAGCAAUAGCAAGAUUCUGGCAAGAUUCUUCAUAUAACUAACUUUUUGCAUCUUAGUCAUUGCUGCGAGAAGACAGCAGUGCUGAUCAAAU